UCACCGCGAAGGAGGCGGGGCCUGUGUGUGAUGCCCAGACAGAAGAAUACAAUAGAAUAGAAUCGAAUAGAAUUAGAAGAAAAUCGCAGCCAACAAAAUGCGACUUGACAGCGACGCUGUUCGUGUUGCGUAGCCGCUUUUGUGAGGGUAUUUGUGGACUAACUUGGUAGCUUCUUUGUGGACGGAAGAUUGCGGACCAGCUGCUCGCUUCUCCCCGCUAGCAUGCAGCUGCUAGCCGGCCUCUUCAUCAGCCAACGUCCGCCUGACUCGCCGCUUCUUAGCUUGUGCAAGUUUCCUUGAGUCAGCCAACUGCGAGCUAGUUUGUGACCUUGGACGCAGCAUCUUCACCAUGGCCGUCUGUUCAGGUGUCUACCUGCUGAUCUUCUCAGGAUGCGUCGCUGCCUCUCAGAGAAACCAAAACAUUUUUGUGUCUGGGAUUUCCAGCGCGUGCGGCGACUCGUCUGAGCUCUUAAGGGCGUCCAGCGGCGUCAUCACCAGCCCCGGUUGGCCCUUCCAGUACCCGCCUCGCCUGAACUGCAGCUGGAACAUCCGAGGCCGACCCGGGGACACCAUCACCAUCAGUUUCCAGGACUUUGAGCUGCAGAGUUCCCACCGCUGCUCGUCGGACUGGAUGUCCAUCAGCAGCUACAAGAACCUGGACGGACUGCGAGUGUGCGGCUCGUCCCUGCCGCCGCCUUACAUCUCGUCUCAGGACCACGUCUGGAUUCACUUCCGCUCUGACGAGGCUCUGACAGGAAAAGGUUUCCGACUGUCCUACGUCACGGGUAAGGCAGAUGCUUCCAGCUGUGACGUGGAUCACUUUCACUGCUCCAAUGGCAAGUGUAUCCCCGACUGGUGGCGCUGUAACUCCAUGGACGAGUGCGGCGACAAUUCCGACGAGGAUCUGUGCGUGGACUCGCCCUUCUCCUUCCAGCCCUGCAGCCUGAACCAGUUCCCCUGCUUGUCCCGCUACACCCGCAUCUACACUUGCCUGCCGCACAGUCUGCGCUGUGACGGCAGCAUAGACUGUCAGGAUCUGGGAGACGAGAUCGACUGCGACGUCCCCACCUGCGGCGACUGGUUGAGGAACUUCUACGGCUCCUUCAGUUCUCCCAACUAUCCCGACUUCUACCCUCCAGGGAGUAACUGCACCUGGCUGAUUGACACCGGAGACCACAGGAAGGUCAUCCUGCGCUUCACCGACUUCAAACUGGACGGCACCGGCUACGGCGACUACGUGAAGGUCUACGACGGCCUGGAGGAGAACCCUCGCCGCCUUCUCCGGGUGCUGACAGCCUUCGACUCCAGAGCACCCCUGGUGGUGGUGUCGUCAUCCGGCCAGCUGCGAAUCCACUUUUACGCCGACAAGAUCAACGCCGCCAGAGGCUUCAACGUCACCUACCAGGUGGACGGCUUCUGCCUGCCCUGGGAGCUCCCCUGCGGGGGCAACUGGGGCUGCUACACGGAGCAGCAGCGCUGUGACGGCUACUGGCACUGUCCCAACGGCCGCGACGAGCUCAACUGUUCCACGUGUCAGGAGGAGGAGUUCCCCUGUUCCAGGAACGGAGCCUGUUAUCCUCGAUCGGACCGCUGCAACUACCAGAACCGCUGCCCCAACGGUUCUGAUGAGAAGAACUGCUUCUUCUGCCAGCCCGGAAACUUCCACUGCAAGAAUAACCGCUGCGUGUUCGAGUCCUGGGUCUGUGACGCUCAGGACGACUGCGGCGACGGCAGCGACGAGGAAAGUUGUCCCGUGGUGGUUCCCACCCGAGUCAUCACGGCCGCCGUCAUCGGCAGCCUGGUCUGCGGCCUCCUGCUGGUCAUCGCGCUGGGCUGCACCUGCAAACUCUACUCGCUGCGCAUGUUCGAGCGCAGGUCCUUCGAGACCCAGCUGUCCAGGGUGGAGGCAGAGCUGCUGCGGAGAGAAGCCCCGCCCUCAUACGGCCAGCUCAUAGCUCAGGGUUUGAUCCCGCCUGUGGAGGACUUCCCCGUGUGCUCGGGGAACCAGGCGUCCGUUUUGGAAAACCUCCGCCUGGCAGUUCGCUCUCAGCUCGGCUUCACCACGCUGCGCCUCCCUUCUGCCUGUCGCCAUAGCAACCUGUGGCGCAGCAUCUUCAACUUCUCUCGGUCUCGACAGUCGGCGUCUUUGGCUCUGGUCUCUGCGGACCUGGAGGACAGUGCCGGUACUGGGAGCUCCGGAUCAGACCUGCUGUCCCCGGACUCUGACGAUACGGACACGGAGAGCGAGAGGGGGAGGGAACGCGUGAUCGGUGCGGUGGCUGGACCUGUUGCCCCCCUUCCCCACAAGACCCCACCCUCCAGUUCAGUAGCUAUGAUGCUCUCCACCACCCCCAUCAACCUGCCGGACACUUCUAGAGCCACGCCAUCCUCCGCCGGCCCGGUCACCAUGGUAACCGCCAAUCCGGACGCGGUAUGCCACAGCGACUCCUCCGAGGUCCGAGCUCCAUCCACAUCUGGCCUACAGCGUCUGGCCCAGAGCCUGCGCCAGCUGGCCAGGAACCUGCUGGGAAGCAGCCAGAACCCCGCCUGGACCAAUCAUAGUCCGCUGCGCCAACUGGACACGGGAAGAACCAGGACAGAGUCCACGGAGCGGCGAGGCAGCGAGGAGGAAGAGGAAGACGUGGAGCUUCUGAUCCCAGAUUCGGACUCGUCCUCUUUGUUCGGCGGAGUCCGACAACCCCUUUUAGAGCCCGCGCUCUCCCCCGACACGGCCCGAGCUCCGCGCCAACACCGUGCCAACGCCACGCAAGCGGGGCGGGAUGGUCCUUGCGAACACUGCGGAAAGGUUCACACCGCUCGCAUCCCGGACGCGUGCCUGGAGUCUGGCGGCAAGACGGAAAGCAGCGACGAUGAGCUGCUGCAGCUGUGCUAGCAGGCUAACUACCGUGUUAAUAGCUGCUAGCAUGUUAGCUUGUGUUCUACCUGGACCAGGACUUUUCAAAGUGUCAUGCAGCAGAAACAUCUUUUGCACAUGCUAAGCUUGAAUUGGACAAUAAUAGAAGAUGAGUUCUGCUAACUGCCACAAUUUGACCAAAAAACCACUGGUCUCCCCAGUACCAGGUACCAACACCAGACUACAUGUAACCUAGUAGAACUCAUUCAAAACCAGGUUUUAUUUCACAAGUAUAUUUCUGUAACAUGAACAGUAACACUGUGUUGGAAUAUUGAAGUGAUUCUUUGGCCUACCACUAGAUGGAGCCCACCUUUGAGUCUCCCGACCUGCGGUGUAGAACUGUUCCAGGACCAGGGCACAAGAAGUUGUAGUUGCAGUUGUAUGUGUGUGUUGAGAUGUGCAAGUUAUUUAUUCUUCUUCUUGUGUUCUCUGACCUGCAUGAUUGUUGGCUGGCUUCUCUUUUCAAAUUAAACUUUCAAAUGUC